CAGUGGGAACUGGAACAUGAACCUUUGUGGGGUUAGAACCUAGAUCUAGGUUUAAUAUAUCAGUGGUCUAGAUCUUUGUUCAGGAAAUUAAAAGAUUCCCAAUCAAACAUUCUAAAAGCAAUAAGACAAUUAAUUGAGCUGAAAAUUAAAGUAGCUGGAUAGAUCUAUUCACUGGACGUAUAUUUUGAUUUUUCUUUGGAGUUUGUUAAAUUUUAACAAAUUUACAGUGAAUAACAAAAUAAAAAAAAAAGAAAAAUAUUUUCAAAACAGUGUUUAUUAGUUAAUUUAAACAAAUUAAGACCGGUUUCUUAUAUAUAUAAUUGGAUUGCAAGUCUGAAGUCACAGUUUUUCAAUAACAUUGUCGUCUGCUGAAUAAAACCUUCAGAAUCGAUUCUCUUUGUAUUCGUGUGAGGUUUGAGCUUUUUGAGCGCUUCUGCCUGCAGUGACUGGAAAGAACGAGCCUCUCGGAUCGUGGGGAUUAUAAUUUGUUACAAACUCUGGCAAGAUUAAACAUCACGAUGGUAUUUGAUAGCUUGGUUUCCUUUGCCAAGUUUCUCUUGUUCUGUUCAGUGCUAGGGCUGCUGCUCUUUUCUCCGAAGAUGUAUGAAGCCAAGAAAGUCGUGAUGUUUCCCUCGACCACGAGAAGCUACAUCCUCUACCACAGCAACAUCGCCCAGUCGUUGAUGAAUCUAGGCCACGACGUCUGGCUGUGCGUGCCUCGCUACCUGGCAGACGAGAAUCUGGUCUCCAACAGAAGCAUUCGCCUGCUGACGUACGACUCUCUCAGCUCCAAUGACACCCUCACCCUGGAAGAGUUCUGGCAGGUCGGGAACGACAGCAUCUUCAGUCUCUUCAGACGUGACCUCAAAAAAGAAAGAUAUGUAAGAAAAACGUUAGCGGACACAGAGUUUCUGGGCCAGCUGCAAAGCAUAAAACCGGACCUCUUUGUCUUAGAGCUGUCUAAAAAGAUCGUUAACUUGGUGGUCAUACCAUACAAGUAUUCUAUUCCGUUUGCCUUCGUUGGGACCAUGAAUGACCCAACGCUGACCAGAACUUAUAUCAACCCAUCGUUUGAGCCUAUUAUAUAUUUGAAUUUGACAGACAAUAUGACGUUUCUGCAGCGACUGAAGUCUUCUUUUCUCUACUACUACUAUUUCUUGUAUCACCCCUACAUCGACAACAGCGUUGUCCCCGUGUUCGCCCCUGAAAAAGAGCGUCUAACCAUCAAUGAGAUCGUCCUGAAGGCGGAGAUAUUUCUCUUCGAAGCCGACAACGUCAUGGAUUACCCUCGCGUCUCUUUGCCCAACAUAAAAUUUAUCGGGAGCUCUUCAGCCAAGCCAGCAAAGCGACUUACAGGAGAUCUCAAAAUGUUUGCUGAUAACUCCACCAACGGCAUUGCCUUAGUCAGUUUUGGCAGCAAAAAUUUACUCAUACCACGUGACAUUUUAGACAAGAUGGCGACCUCUUUUCGAGAGAUAAACUUGAAUGUAAUUUGGAGGAUUAAGCAAAUAUCGAUCAACUCCUCAAAGAUAAUCACCAGAGAGUGGUUUCCCCAGAAUGACCUUUUGGGUCAUCCCAAUAUGAAAGUCUUCAUUUCCCAUUGUGGUAAAAAUGGACAGUACGAGGCAUUGUACCACGCUGUCCCAAUGCUAUGCAUACCAUUACAAACUGACCAAUUCUACAAUGCAGAACGGGUCACGGUAAAGCGGUUCGGACUUAGCGCUGACAUUCGAGCUGUCAGCUCCGAACAAUUAACAAAUCUCAUCCAAGAAGUGGCUACUAACCCCAAGUACAAAGUCAGUAUUCAGAAGUCAUCAAACAUAUACAAACACCUUUAUGCGUCAUCUAGCAUCGAGGCUGCCUUCUGGUUGGAUCACGUGAUGACAUAUGGCAGCGACCAUAUGCGGUCACAGGCUCAAAAAGUACCCCUUUACCAAUUUCUUAAUUUAGACAUUCUGGUAUUCGCCUUUAUAAUUUGUGCCAUUGCUCCGAUAAUUCUAACUGUGCUGUGUUAUAAAUUAUUCUUCAUAUUGAAGAAAUUGUACAUUCAUAUUUUUAUGUUUUUAUAUUUUAUAACGAAACAAAUUUAUGUGUAUACAUUAAUGGACAUUAUACAGCCGUACAAAAGUAAAAAUGAAUAAAUCAAAAUAAAAUAAUCACCUAAUGUACACCUUUAUAUUUACGAUAAAAUUUUAUUGAAGUUAAACAUCAAAAUGUUUAAA